CAUGACCGUGAAUUGACCACUUCAUGACUCUAUUCAUUCAUGCAGUUGGUUAGUGGAGGCACUGAGCAGUAGCAUAUUGUACAUAAUUAUUUUAUCACCGUUGGAUUGCUGCAUUCAUUCUUGCCGCUCAUCAGCUCUUUCCUGUCUUCUUUUCAUGAUCAACAAGUCAUCUUUGAUCAUUCUUUCCGUUCUCGAUCUUCUAACUUCAUCCAUUCCUUCUUCAACUUCUUAUUAUCAAUCCGUCCUUUUCCAUCAACAUCCUCUUCUCAUAAUCUCAACCUCUACCUUUUCUUCUUAUUCUUCUUCUCUCAUUUCAUAAUUAUCCCUUCUCAAUCUACAACUCCACCCACCCACCGAACCCUCCUCCACCUCAUUCCCUACCAGCUCACUUUGUCCCUGGAUAUCAUCCUAAGCUCGGCAAAGCUACACACACUUGUGCUUUACGUUUCUCGUUCGACAUUUCGAUACACUCGCUCUUGCAACCGAUUACCAUUAUUUUGCAUCUUCAGCCUCACCAAACCCUACGGUUUCGAUUCGGCCGAAAGUCUUUCAAAUUCGAUCGCCAUAUAUACUAAACGGUCGCUUCCUGGAACGACCUUUUUCAUUUUACAGAGCUGCCUUAACUUAUUCUCUUUCGAAUAAGUCAAUCCGCUUCAUAAUAUUCGAUUUUAUCGACUUUAUUCUGCAUAUCUAGUUGCUUUAGCAUUGUUAUACGGCCUGCUUUGACUCGCUGGAUUCUCGUGAUUUGACCGAUUUCCUGAAAAAUCAGCUCUGCUGUGCAGUCAGUGAACUUGAGACUUGGAACGUCUGAAAUUCUUCAGUCGGAUCAUCCCCCAACUUCGCAGCUCUCUCCGUGCCUUACUCGGGCACAACCAAUUCUUCAAAACGGCUGUACUGUCGCACGUCGGGCGGGACUCGCUCGUCCCCCCUCAUCUGCUCGGUAUGCAAGACCUAAAUGGACCCGUUGGCCAGGGUGCCCCUAAUGGCCCUGCCAACCGCUUCGGACAUGCCUCCAAGCCUUCCAACAGCGAUACUGGUUUCUCUCAUGGCGCCUUCAACUCCAACAUCUCUGGCUUCGCCGACCGACAUCCUCGACGAGGUAACAUCCCUUCGAUCAACACCCAGCCUCAGCCUAUGGUCCAGCAGGCUUCGAACAAUGGAGUGGACAUGGCUACCCCGGGGACUGCAUUUGAUAUGCAGUUCACCCCCCUUUUGCCUUCUCAGCUGCUUCUCGGCAGCCCUUUUCAGCCCGGUACACCGGCUGCUUUUGCCAGUCCUCAGUUUCAGAGCAUCCCCGGAUUUCAGCAACAGCAGGGAAACAACCAGCAGCAGAAUGGUAUCUCCAGCCCUGUGCAGCAGACCAUUUCUCCUCAGUCAUACCAAGGAAUAGUGUCUCCGUCCACUUAUGGUGCUCCUCAAUUCUACCCUCCCCAGUCCCCCACUGGCGGUUUCGGUAUGCAGGCACCUCUGCCUCCUACCUCUCCCGUCUCAAUGGGAUCCGGUGUUGUUACAGGAACCAGCCGAACUGUUUACCUUGGUAACAUCCCUCCGGACACUGUGGCUGAGGAGAUUCUUGGUCAUGUUCGAAGUGGUCAAAUCGAGUCAGUCCGCCUUCUGCCCGACAAGAACUGUGCUUUCAUCUCGUUCCUUGACGCUAGCUCCGCCACUCACUUCCAUUCCGAUGCCAUCUUGAAAAAGCUCUGCAUCAAGGGCCAGGACAUCAAGAUUGGUUGGGGUAAGCCUUCGCAGGUCCCGACCUCUGUUGCUCUGGCUGUCCAACAAUCUGGAGCUUCACGAAACGUGUACUUGGGCAAUCUGCCUGAGGAAGUUAGCGAGGAGGAACUGCGCGAGGACCUUGGUAAGUUUGGUGCCAUUGACACAAUCAAGAUCGUCCGCGAGAAGAACAUUGCCUUUGUCCACUACCUCUCGAUUGCCAACGCCAUCAAGGCUGUCUCUCAGCUUCCUCAAGAGCCCAAGUGGCAGGCCCCUCGCCGCGUCUACUACGGAAAAGAUCGUUGCGCCUACGUUUCCAAGACUCAACAGCAAAAUGCUGCUCAGUACCUGGGCAUUGCUCCUGGAUACGCCCACAUGCUCACAGGUGCCGACCGUGACUUGAUCUCGAAUGCUUUGGCCCAGCAAUCUGUUGCUGCUGCUGCCGUCGCUACGACUGCUGGAGGUAUCAACAACCUCGGUAACCGAACCAUCUAUCUUGGCAACAUCCACCCUGAGACGACCAUUGAGGAGAUUUGCAAUGUGGUUCGUGGCGGACUUCUUCACCACAUCCGUUACAUUCCCGACAAGCACAUAUGCUUCGUUACCUUCAUCGAUCCCACCGCUGCUGCUUCGUUUUACGCUCUGAGCAACAUUCAGGGCCUCAUGAUCCACAACCGACGCCUCAAGAUUGGCUGGGGCAAGCACUCCGGAGCUCUUCCUCCUGCCAUCGCGCUGGCUGUGAGUGGUGGUGCUUCCCGAAACGUCUACAUUGGUAACCUUGACGAAACCUGGACCGAGGAGCGUCUACGACAGGACUUUUCCGAGUAUGGUGAGAUUGAGCUUGUCAACACUUUGCGUGAGAAGAGCUGUGCUUUCGUAAACUUCACCAACAUCGCCAACGCCAUCAAGGCCAUUGAGGCCAUCCGAGGCCGAGACGACUACAGGAAGUUCAAGGUCAACUUUGGCAAAGAUCGUUGCGGUAACCCUCCUCGUCAGAUGCAGCAGUCGCAGUCUCCUCGUGGCGAUGGUGUGUCUUCUCCUCCACCUAACGGCUCCCAGAACAGCGGUUCUCCCACCAACGGCAACACUCCCCAGCAAUCAGCUGCUCUCUUCAAUGCUAACAGCAAUCCUUUGACAAUGUAUCUGAACCAGGUCUCUCACCAGGCCCAGCAGCAACAACAUCACCAGCAACAGCAGAUCGCUGCUCAACAAAAUGCCCUGUUUGGUACCGCCCAGCCAUCUCCUAGCGAUCUCGAUCUCGCCAUGUCCCAGCAAGUGCCUGUUUCAGGCCAUGGACAGUCAGCGAGCAUUUCGAAUGGAUACUCGGCCAACAGCGCAGCACCAGGUGCUACUACGAUUGGUGGCUUGCUAGCACCAGGCCGAGGUCAGCAUAGCAGAGCGGUCAGUCUUCCUGUACUUGCCCCUGGAUUUGAGAACGGUGGAAAUGCCUCCAACGGUAUUCCCGGAGCUGAGACCGAGCAACGACGAGGUCAUCAUUACCAGGCAAGCUACGGCGGUAUGGGGUCUGGAUUUGGCCUUGCUAUUCAAGGAGGCCUGAACGGUUGGGUUGAGGAGGAAGUUGCAAACUAAUGACGCUUGUGCAUCUUUAUGCUUUCACUCUCAUCACAAGCGAGAUUGAACGAAAAACUUGCUUAAACGUUGUAAUCGACGUCACUUGUGGCGUUAUGUCCUUGAUUCUUGGGGCUUUACAGACCUUCAUUCUUUGAUUUCCCUUUUUCUUGAUAAUUUACCCCUUCGGUGUAUCUUUUUUUGUAUUGCAAGUUGGUCUCGACUUUUUAUGUUUUGCUCAUGAGAGGAAGAGAGCAUUCGGAAGAAAUGGGAUUUGUGAUUAAUACGCCCCCUUUGUGAAAGAUGGGAGCGCUCAUGGUUGAGACGAGACGCUGUUUGAACUGGAGAGAAUUCAGCAUGGGAUGGAUGGAUGGAUGAGAGGAUAUAUCAUUUGCGUUUAUGUCUAUUACGGAGUCUUAGGUUAGGUUAGGCACUACAGUCUUGAACGCAGAUCAUAUGAUCACUUAACAAUAUGUCUAUUUAUGUCUGUGACAGUUCAGUUCUUCUACAUGGGUGGUGUCUUAUGCAUGUACCUAAUUAGUUUAUAGCCGCCGAUUUGAGGUCUCGAGGUCGUUGACAGCAGAAAGAGAUUAGAGCCUAAUGGUAAAUGCACGCAGUCUCCAGGACUGGGGCAGUGUUAAAUAUUAGAGGAUCUCGGUUACCUCCCAUGUGCUUGCAGAUUAUUUUCACAAUUAAUAUCCCGAUGGCUCGGGCUUAGAAGGAAAGGCUGGGUCCUUUAUAUUGGCGCGACACUGUUGUUUCCAGUUUAUGGGUGUGAACUUAUCCACAAUCUCCUUGAAGGCCUCCUGUUGACGGGUAAGUAACGCACGACACCAGUCUUGAUUCCAGAGUUGGUAAGGAGGAGAUUAUUAGAGCGUACCAAAGUGCAAAAGGACUCAUCACCAUCAAGAUGCUUGCCUGUUGGUGCACAGCCAGGGAUAGUCACCGGGCGGUCAUUGUAGCGCAGGCGGACAUAGUAACCCUUCAGGCGCUCCUUUUCGUUCUCUGUCAGGUCUGGAGUCUUCUUCCGGCCGAUGCCUGGGGGUGGUAAUCCAGCAUGGGAGGCUCCUUUACUACCCAAGCCGAAGAAGGACAGGAAGCCAGUGGGUUUAGGGGCUUCAGGAGGAGGUGUGGCGCCUGCAUUGACGUGACGGAAUAGUUCAAUCGCGACGUGACUUGUGAAAGGCGGCCAGGCCUCUUCGUUGAAGGCGCCGAGGCUGGCGAGUGUGGCAGCAAGAGUGGUAUCGUGACAGCCGCUCAUUCCAAAUCGUACAGGUUGUGGUGUAGUAGCAGAUACCUUGUUGAGAGCCAGCUCAUACUCGCCAUCAGCAGUAGAACGCUCAGCACUGCCGACCAUACGAGAGACAACGUCUCCGAGAAGUCCACCAAUGCCUAGAGUGCGGUACUCCUCACUCUCUUUGUAUCCGGCAUACCACUCCUCAACACCGAUCUUCUCAAUAAUUCGCUUGACUUCUCGAUCGUAGAACUCUUUAGGUAACCGAGUGGCUUGACCGUGGGCCUUUGUAGCAUUGAUAGUGUCCAUGAUACCACUAAGGCGAGGACGAGAGUCCACAGCAACGUGCGGGUGUUCCUCAGGCAUCCAGCGACCGAGGCGUUUUGUCAAAUAUGCCAUCUCGUCGGAGUCGUUCCAGCGAUCAGCACAGCGCUGAGCAAAAGCGCGUGCGAGAGCAGCGAAGCGUCGACAGUUGCCAUCAUUGGGGAAGAGGGUUUCGUCAGCAGGUGAUCGAGUAAGGAUUGUGGGAGGAUGAAGGCCAGAGGCGCGAGCUGAGGGAGGAUAGAGGCCGUAGAAAGCUUGCUGAAGAGAUUCAAGAGCGCGGGGUAUAGGUGUAGCGCGGAGGUAGAUGGCAGCUGUGUCAGUGUCAAAAGCGAGUUUUUCCGGCAAGAAGCGAAGCUGAUCGACGUAGAGAUGGCGCAGGCGCUGGCCAAGAUUAUACGUUGUUUCUCGUCCACGAUCGGUCAACAUGCCCAUAUCGCAGAUAGCAUCAAGCUCGCCAUUGCGGCCAGUGGCUAAGAUAGGCGCAUCAUCAGGCCCAAAGGUCUCGAGACGGCGCUUCCACUCGAGAGCAGUAAGGCCUGGGUUGUCGGCGGGAUCGACAUGGGUGUCGGUGGCAGAAGGAUCGAGAAUGACGCUGGUUAAACGACGAGCUGCAGAGCAGUAUGGCCAGAAAGGUGCAAGGCCUGUGGAAGUGAAGCGAGCGGUGAUAGGUGUGCGUUCGCCGUGACGGAGAAGGAUCUGGACGAGUUGCAGACGUAGUUGAGGCGGAUAAAGGUUCUUGAUCUCAGCUUCUGAGUACGGAGGUCGGGGUUCGAGAGUUGACAUUGUGACGGUCCGGCGGGUAUCGAGAGCUGGCGGUGACUCUGAUGAUCAAUGAUAGCUUUGCUUCAGGACAGAAUCGUCUGGUUUCGAGGUCAUGACAUAACGAUCCG